AUGGCAGUCGUCGCCAGUCCGCCAGUGACAAUAGACCCCACCGCCUUCCCAACAAUCCUGGACACGAUCAUCGCCCACAGCUGCGCAAGCACCCUCUUGGCCCUCCGUGCAACCUCAAAAGCCUUCCUCGAACGGUGUAAUCCCCGCCUCGUUGGGCACAUCAUCCUGCCUCAUCGUGAACACGGUGCGGAGUGGGACGGCGACGGGCAGUGCCAGGAUGCCGAUGUCUUCCCCCGGCCCUCCCCCUUCCCCCGCUUGCCGAUGCUCCUUGGCUACGUGCGCAUAAUGGACCAACUGUCGCUGGUAGACCAUCCAGAGGACUUGGACGGACAACUCACCGGCCUCGAGACGCUACGGCGCAUGGACGGCGCUUGGAGUGCCCCGCAGUUCAACCCCUCGUUGACCGUGGUCGACUUUGUCAACUUGGUCCCCGAGGACCCCGUCUGGCGAGAUGAGAUAAACAUUAGCAUUCCCACGGGGCCUCGGCGCGCGGUCCUGCAUCUGCGCUACGACGCCCGCGACGCGUCGCAGAUGGGCCGCUUCGUGGCACUCUUCGACUCUGGCAAUGUGCGCGAUUUCGUGUUCGUGCUGUGGCCGAUCAACGUCCACCCCUCAGGCGGUGGCGAGAUGCGGUUCUUGUUCGGCACGAUCGCCCAGGUUCUCAGCGACUGGCGGGAGACGGAGGCGCGCAGUAUCACUCUCGUCGGGAUAGGGAUGUGCGCUGGUGCGCCGACGGACACCGAGUCGCUCUGGGACGCCGUGGAGCCCUUCUUGACACAGACCGAUAGGGAUGCUGGUGGGCAUCGGCGGCAUGCUGUCCGGUUCGUCGCGCAUCAGGAGUGGUGGGAUGAGCUUGGGGGAAGGCGGGAGAUCGAGAGGGUGGGGCCUGCAUGGGCGUGA